UGCAUUAGGAUGCGUCUCGUGACGGGAUGGGAGGCGCAAUAGGACCGGAGGAGUAUUGACCGGGCACACCAUGGUCCAUGGGACGACAAUAACGAUGGGAUUUCGGGCGUUAUGCGAAGAGAAGGGUCAUUAGCUUCUCUUCGAAUAUAAAAUAUAGGAAGCCGUUAAGUCGUUAAGAAACUUCAGUUGAAACAUCCCAAGCAUCCAUUCGACACUUGUUCUAUUUCCCCAUUGAAGAAAAGAGCCAUCUCUCUUGUGUCACUCGAUCAUCAUGCUCUCACGCGCCAUCUUUAAUGCACUGGCGAUCUUUGCCUCCACAGCUGCAGCUGGGCCUACUUGGCACGCUAGCAGAGGUGAAGAUCUUGUGAAAUUCUUGGAGAGGGCCACUGCCCCCACGUUAGACUUCAAUAUUUCUUCCAGUGCUUCGAUCGUUACCCCUGAUUCCCCGGAGUGGGUCGACGACACGACCCGUUGGUCCACGUGGAGCGCGCCGACAUUCAGCGUCGCAUUCCUUCCGGCGGAAGAGAAAGAUGUUUCUGUUGGUCUCCAAUACAUGACGAAGCACAACAUCCAAUUCCUUGCAGGUGGCGGUGGUCACGGGAAUACGGUUACACUGGCCAAGGCGAAGAAUGUCGUGUUUAUUAACAUGGAGAAAUUUAACAAAAUCACCGUGAACUCCGAUAAGACCAUCACCGUCGGCGGCGGCGCCAAAUUCGGGGAUGUCUACACGGUCGCUUACGGAGCCGGUCGAGAAUUGCCGCUCGGUUCUUGCUCCUGCGUCGGAGUUGGCGGCGCCAGUCUUGGCGGCGGUCACGGCAGACUUCAGGGAAAAUACGGCUUGAUUGUAGAUGCCAUCGUUAGCAUGCGCGUAGCUCUGUGGGACGGCUCUAUCGUUGAAGUAUCCGCCACUAAGAACUCGGACCUGUUCUGGGCUAUGCGCGGAGCUGGCCACAACUUUGGAAUUGUUCUCAGCUUUACAUACAAGACUUGGCCUCUACAGAAUAACGGCUUAACCUAUAACGCGGACAUGACUUUCACCAACGCUUCUCUCGAAGGUGUUUUCGGCGUCAUUAACGAACUUAUUCCGAACCAGGACCCCGGUCUUGCCCUAGAUCUUUUCAUCCUUACGGACUCAUCUACCCACGAAACUGUUACCUAUCUUAACAUUGUGUACGCCGGCACUAAGGACCAGGGAGAUCAAUUCACAGCCCGCUUUGCUACAAACAAGAAAUCGACCGAUCCUAUUGAGCGCACCUCAUUGAACGUGACGAUGGCCCCCUGGAGCCAGAUCACACACGUCGCCGCUGGUGGUAUGAUCGACUUGGCAUGUCUCGACGGUGCAAGCCAAAACGUUUACACGGCAAACUUGAAACAAUUCGACAUACCCCAGCAGCGACAGUUCUACAACUCAUACGUAGAAUUCAUCAAGAAGAACCCUCUCGCAUCUAACUCGAUCAUCUUCUACGAGAUCUUUGGUCAGAAGGCCGUGACAGAGCAGCCAGCCGAGCAGACAGCAGUCGGAAACCGCGACUACGCCAACAUUCUCGCCCUUUACCAGACCACAUAUACGGACGAGAGCGUCGCUCCUGCGGCCGAUGCAUGGGCGCGCAGUCUUCGCGACGAAGUAAUAAAACCUGAACAUUCCGGCUACGAUAUCGAAUCCGUAUACAUGAACUACGCUCACGGCAACGAGAAAUUGGAGGCUAUGUAUGGCUACGAACCGUGGCGUCUUGAGCGCCUUCGUAGCCUCAAGCGCCGCUACGACCCCAAGGGAUUUUUCAACUUUUAUAACUCGGUUCUGUGAUGUGGCGUAUACGAAUACAAGCAGUUUUGAUUUCAGAGCUGGUUUUUCUUAUAUGUAGAUUAGGUACGAUGCUUGUUGGUUACGUGUAUUGUUAGAUAUUCGCUUUGUGGCGGGGGAACAAAGCGGUAGGGUUGGGUGUUGCUGUUGUAUUCAUAGAAUGAUUUGCCCAAUGUAUACUUAAGGUUGUCAUAGAUCUCUUU